AUGGCUAUCAACGACGGUGGAAACGAUAGUGAACUUCCUGGCGAUAUGGCUGCACCCAUUACCGCCGCGGAACAAUUCACUCAGUUUCGUGAACCUCUGCCUGAAGCUUCGGGAUCGACUAUUGGCGAACCCUCUCGUCCUGCAAGUCCUGAAUCUGCUGCGAGACCUCCUCCGCCUCCUCCGCCAACCAUGCCUUUGCGAGACCCUGUACCGCCCACUCAGUAUUAUGCUGUUCCGCCUCCACAGCCAAUAUACCAGAUGAUAUACAGCGCUAUGCCGGCCCCAGGAUCUCAGGGAGCUCCUACUUUCGAUGAGACCAACGCGUCUGAGUUCCUGAGGAAAUUGGAGGAUACCUGCCGACGGAGUGGCAUUGUUCAACAUGCUGCGAUCAUGGACCUUCUUCCUCAAUAUUGUGAAAGACCGCCACGUGUCUGGGUUGAAAGUCAGGAUGCAUGGAAAGUGAGAGAUUGGCAGACGUUCCGUGAGGACUUCCUGGACCACUAUCAUGAUUGGGACGAUGAACAAUUGAGAUACAACAAGCGGUAUCUUAACAAGCUUGCAAAUGGUGAUCGAUCGACAAACGAUGAAAUCAGGCGCUAUCUGAGCGAAUUUCAUGAGGUUUCUACAGAGGUAUUCUUGCUUGGUCGUCUAAGCGAUGGUGAACGAGCUGAUCUGCUGAUCAAAGGUCUUCCUGAGAAAUGGCAAGCGAAGAUCUUGAAGCGUCAUGCACUGAAAGCGCGUUCCCGUAGCGAUGAGAUAUCUUAUGAUGAGGCAUACAAGCAAGUUCAGACAAACCUGCGUGUUGAAGCCGAUGUUUAUCGAAAGGUUGAAAGGAAAGAAGUCAAGAAUAUGUCGUCAGACGAGAGACAGUUAUCUUUGGCACCCCUGCGUCCUGCUCCUUCUGCUCCUACUGUUCAACCGAUUCCUGUUGCGAUGGCUAAUGAUCGACAGACUGAGGACCAUACAUCGAGAGCAAUUGAUGAUGUGGCUCGGAAGCUGGAAGCGCUUGCGUUGAAACUGGAUGCUAGGACUGAUCGCCGGAAUAACCCUUUGUAUGAACAAAACCGAGGAGUACCGUCGAAUGGCAUGGGAGUCAAUCCUCCUAGGGAAUGCUGGACAUGUGGAGGUCCACACAACAGUACGCCUGAACAAUGCGACGCCAUCCGGGACUUUGAAGCAAAGGGAAUGAUUCACCGCAAUGCCGCCACAGGGAGAACAACCCUAGGAACUAAGGCUCAUCCUGGUCCUGAACUAAGGCUGCGAAUGGGUGUUCUGAGAAAGGACUUGAUUCCGGAACAAUAUGCUGCAUGGGCAAGUCAAAACGUACCGCAGUCUGGAAGUAACCAUGUCCAAUCAAUACCUUCAGCACCAGCACAGUUCCUAGGUGCGUCUCUCAAUAGUAUUCCAGGAAGCAAUGAAUACUACUCGGCCCCAGUGCGAUAUAUUGCUGCGUCUCUUCUUGGGUCUCAGCCUGCAUGGGAAAAGCUGUCAGAGGAUGAGGAAGAAUAUGGAGAGGAAUAUUGGGCAGGUCCAGUUAAUGCUAUCGGAGGUCAGGUCCAGGAUGGUCGUGUCAGGAAAGGAAAACAGCGAGCGUCUGAUUAUGCGCGCACCCGAAAUGCUCAGCAAGGUCGCUUUCAACCACGCAUUGAUGAUGCUAAUGAGGGUGAGGCUGAACCAAUGCAUGUACCAGAUGAUACCCAGGGAAGCUUCUCAGGAACAAACGCUGCAAGGUUUUCCGGCCGGAAACCUAUCUCCCAAUGA